UGUUGGUUGCCACCUUCACAUAACAAGACCCAAAAGCCUUUACCUCUAAAAAUGAACGCCAAACCAAUUCAGACCACACCAACAUACAUUCCUCCUCCAAUAAGGCAAAUUCCGGUUCCCCAACAACUUCCAUUGCCGCCAUCACCACCAACCAUACCUCGUGCAAUAUCCAUAACCGCACCCGAAACCCAUGUUGCCGUCCCCGUAGUACCUCCUCCAUCUAUAGACCUUGAUGACUCCAUAACCGCCUUUUGGGACUACCAAUUCCUCUUCGUCUCACAGCGAUCCGAAACAACCCAACCAAUCACGCUACGCCUUGUGGACGGCGUCAUACCGUCGGAUUUCCCCUCCGGCACGUACUAUCUAACCGGACCGGGGCUUUUCUCCGAUGAUCACGGCUCCACAGUGCACCCACUAGACGGUCAUGGAUACCUAAGAGCAUUCACGAUUGACAACAAUAGAGUGACGUACAUGGCGAAAUACAUUAAGACAGAAGCGCAAGUAGAAGAGCAUGAUCCAGAAACUGACACGUGGCGGUUUACGCAUAGAGGUCCGUUUUCUGUGUUGAAAGGUGGGAAGAAAGUUGGGAAUACGAAGGUAAUGAAAAAUGUCGCGAACACUAGUGUGGUGAGGUGGGGGGAGAAGCUACUAUGCAUGUGGGAAGGUGGUGAGCCUUAUGAGAUUGAAUCUGGGACGUUGGAUACGAUCGGACGGUAUAACAUGAUGGACGGUCAUGAUGAUUCGACGGAAGAUAGUGAUGGUGUAUGGGAGGUUGCUGCCGGCCUCUUGAAGCCUAUUUUGUACGGUGUGUUUAAGAUGCCACCAAGGAGGCUUUUGUCUCACUAUAAGGUUGAUUCUAGUAAGAGCAGGCUACUUACUGUUUCUUGCAAUGCAGAAGACAUGUUGCUUCCACGCAGCAAUUUUACUUUUAGCGAAUACGAUUCCAAUUUCAAGUUGUUACAUAAGCAAGAGUUUAGAAUCCCAGACCACCUUAUGAUCCAUGAUUGGGCUUUCACAGAUACCCACUACAUAGUGUUUGCCAAUCGCAUAAAACUUGACGUGCCAGGAUCAGUGGCAGCAGUGUGUGGGAUAUCACCAAUGAUAUCAGCAUUAAAAGUGAAUCCAAGUAAGAACACAUCGCCCAUAUACUUGCUUCCUCGCUUCCCAACCAAAUCCAAAUCCAAUUUCAGAGACUGGAGAGUCCCACUUGAAGCACCUUCACGGUUAUGGCUGCUCCAUGUUGGCAAUGCCUUUGAACUUCGUCAUGCCAAUGGCAAUUUACAUAUUCAAAUCACUGCUGCUGCUUGUUCUUACCAGUGGUUCAAUUUUCGCAACUUAUCAGGAUACAAUUGGCAAAAUCAAAAGCUAGAUCCAUCAAUAAUGAACAUACAAGGUGAAAAUAACUUGUUGCCUCAUCUUGUUCAGGUAUCAAUAAAAUUAGAUUCUGACCACAAUUGCCAAGAAUGCAAUGUGAAGGCUAUGAAGAAAUGGAAGAAAUCUUCAGAUUUUCCUACUAUAAAUCCUGCAUUUUCUGGCAAGAGAAACAAGUAUCUCUAUGCUGCAACUACUUUAGGGUCACGUAAAACAUUACCAAGCUUCCCUUUUGAUACUGUUGUGAAGUUAGAUUCAGAGACAGAUUCUGUGCAAACUUGGACUGUUGGAAGCAGAAGAUUUAUUGGGGAGCCUAUUUUUGUCCCAAAAAGUGAUUUAGAAGAAGAAGAUGAUGGCUACCUCCUUGUUGUUGAGUAUGCAGUUUCAAUGCAGAGAUGUUACCUUGUUAUCUUGAACCCAAAAAUGAUAGGAACCUCCAAAGCCCUCGUCGCCAGACUUGAAAUUCCAAGGCAUUUAAACUUUCCCUUAGGAUUUCAUGGUUUUUGGGCAGCUAGCGGGAACCAAAUUUAAGUUAUGAAAAACCUUCUACAUUAAAAUGAAUUUUCACUCAUGGUUCGCACAAUUGAUGGUUGUAGUUUAUAUGCGUACACGAAAGAGGUUAAUGUAAACAACAGGUUAUAAUUGAAAAUUAGAUUAUACUAAAAAUAGUGUAAAUAUAAGCAUGAACUCAGGUUUUUUGGUUUCAAAAAAGUGGAUACUUAUAUGAGAAUGUAUUCAUGUGAAAAUAAUAAUUAAGAUGCAUAUAUAUUAUAUUAAAUAACUUAGUCUAACAUGUCAAAUCAUUUAAUAAUUCUUAAUUAAUAAUUUACACAUCAAGACAUCUUCUCAUGAAUAAUUACAUUGAAUAAAUGACACAAAAGUAUGAGGAGCUGUACAAUCAACGAACAAAAAGUAACAAACAGUAAACAAAAAAGGUUAUUGACUAAUUUUUUUCCUAUUUCAGGUUAGUGACUUUAUUAUAUAAUAAUGAUUACAUUUGUAGAUAGGUUAUAUGCAAUACUAUCUUUACAAUAAUUGCUUAAACAGUUUUAGCUAAAUACAUUAAAGUAUUUACUUAUCAAACUUCUUAUGAUAUAUAUGACAUUAUAUGUUAAUCAAAAUUAUAUUUCUGUAUAUUACAAAGAUUAUCGUAAAAGACUGUAAAAGUAUGUUGAGGUCCAAAUUUUCAGAGAAAUAAACAAAAAUUAAUUAGGAUAAAAUGAUUGUUUAGCUAUGUUACUUUUGAUAUAAGACAAUUUAUAUUAUUAAAAGAUAUAAAAUUAUCUUUUAUUGAGUUGUCUUAGUAUGAUACUUUUACAAUUAUAAAGAAUAUCUUUUGAAUUUUUAAAUGUUAUCAAAUUUAUUUUGAGGAAUAUAUUGAUCUUCUUUUUGUGAUCAAUAAGUUAAUAAAUUAAGAAAAAAUAAAAGACAAAUAAUAAAAAUGUUAACCCUUAACAUUUAUGAAUUAUUUAUUCCAAAGUAUAUAAGAAUGUUAAUUAAAAAAAAAACUUCGUACUUGACAUUAGCUAUUAAACUUGUUAUUGUAAUUGUGUGAAAAUAGGGAGACUAAAUUGACUGUUACUCCUACUCCUAGCUUAUUAUAUUAGACUUGCAUUAAUAGUUAGUGAGCAUAUUUGUACAAGUAACCCCAAAUGAUAAUUGUAGAACUCUAGUUAUCGGUGAACUUUACCUUACUGAGAAUUCGUAAUUGCCGCUGAAAUCUAACUUAUUUGGAAUUUUCACACUGGACUCGAUGGAAGCAGAUUAGUAUUCAACCAUUGUGACAAUCAAUGUCGAACUUAAUAGAUACUCAAGCACUAAUAUCUCACAAUUAGGUUGUGUGUACUACUAGCAAGUAGCAAAGCCAUAACCUAGAAAUGCAUAACCUUUUAGCCUAUUCUCAA